CGCAGUACGCAUUCCGCCGUUGUCGUGUGUGUAUCGUGGUGUUUUAUUUUCCAACCGUACGAGUUUUAUAUAUCAACUAAAAAAGCGACAUGGCAGUCUCGCUCUCCACUGAAGACAAAUUGGAGUACAAUUUCUAUCCCGUGACGGCGGGGCAAAUUCAGUUCCGAGUAAAAGCGCCCAAUGAUGCUCACAUCGCUCUUACCACGGGUCCGCAGGAGGGAGAUCCGAUGUACGAAGUUUUUAUCGGAGGAUGGAGUAAUAGUAAGUCUGUCAUACGCAAGAAUAGAACCAAGCCGGAGGUGGCGGAGGUAGAAACACCUGGCAUUCUGAACAUAGAUGACUAUCGCGGUUUUUGGAUCAGGUGGGAUAAUGGUGUUCUCACAGUAGGCAAGGAAGGUGAUUCAGCUCCGUUCCUGACUUUCGCUGAUCCAGAACCAUUUGGAAUUGGUUAUUUCGGCGUUUGCACCGGCUGGGGUGCCACUGGCGAUUGGCUCAUCGAAGGUCGCAAACCCUUGAACACGCUUAAUAAGCUCGAGUACAAAUUCCACGCCGUACGAAGCGGCUCGGUGCUGAUCGAUGUGAAAGCUAAGAGCAAUGGGCACAUUGCGUUGACCGACCGGAAGGGCGAAUCGAGUCCCAUGUACGAGAUCAUGUUCGGCGGAUGGGAAAACCAGGCGUCAGUUAUUAGAUAUGAUCGCAAACAGCCUGACAAGGUACGCGUGGAAACCCCGCAUCUACUACGCGAACACGAGUACAAGAGAUUCUCAAUCACGUGGCUCGAAGGCUUGAUCACGGUCAGAUCAGGUGGCCAGAACGGCGCCGUGCUCAUGGAAUGGCGUGAUCCGAAUCCUAUUGGCGUGAGCUACGUAGGGGUGCGCACUGGUUGGGGCGCGACCGGAAACUGGAAACUUCGUUUCGAACAUUAUCCCGCAGUCACUACCGGUCAAAAGAAACAUCCCGGCACGGCACCAUCCGCACCGUUGGAUACUGCUAGAUUAGAUGCAGGAAGCGCAUACUGGUGCGACGCAUCCAGUGGAAUGGUACCGCCCGGUGCUGUUGAGGGUGGAAAUGACGGCGAGCCUUUAUUCGUCGGUCGAGCUCGACAUGAAGGUGCUCUUAUUCCUGGAAAGGUGAAACCUGGCCAUUCGGUUUGUUACAUUGCCUGGGGUGGUGAAGAACAUGGAAAGACUGAUUAUCAAGUCCUUUGCGAUUGCAAUCCCACAUGGGUGGCAACAAGCGGUGAUACUAUCCCAUCAAACGCGAUUCCAGGAGGUGAGACUGAAGACGGCGAACCACUGUUUGUCGGUCGCGUGCAUCAUGAAGGCACGGUGACUAUUGGCAAGGUGCAGGCCUCUCAUAGCGUGUGUUACAUACCUUUCGGUGGUGUUGAGGUUGCUUUUCCCGAAUAUGAGAUCCUAGUUGGGCAGUAGAUGCCAAGAGAUCAUCCGGUUACAAAUAAAAACUCAAUGGAAAUCUCCGGUUUAUCGGUAGUUGUGCGGAGAAAAGAGCAAGAGUUUUAGAUUUCAAAUCUCAAUUAUGUAUAAAUUUUAUAUACAUAUAAAAUUUCUAUACAAACAAGAAAUUGAACAAAAUCUUUAAUAGCUCUUUAACAUUUGUGUUGACUCUUUAAUAGACGAUUUGAUAAUUCUAAACUAAAAGUAAUUAAGGCUCUAAAUGCCAAUUUUUUAAAAAUCGCGAUUAGAAUACAAAACUGCUCUAUGUGCCAUUGCUAACAACGUGUAUAAAGCGCCAAGUGCCAUUCGUAUAAUAAGUGACUUACAAUAAAUAAUUUAUUAUAAGUUAAUAAUUUAUUAAGGCUCCAAGUGCUAAUCAGUUAAUGCAAAUGUUUGCAAGUAAAUUUUUCUUUUCUAAUAUGAAUUUCUUUUGUAACAGUUAUUUUUUUAAUCUUUUGUUCUUUGUUUUGUUAAAUAAAAAAAAAUUAAAUAAAAAAAUUACUCGCAUCCUUCUUGGCACUUAGAGCGUUUCAUAAAUUUUGAACACAUUUUGUAAUUGCAUUUUUUACUAUUGUUUUA